CAUCUCGUAUUUGUGUUCAUAGUUCUUGAUUGAUCUGUUUCUUUUCUUUUUCGGGUACUUUUUGUGCUUAAUUUUUGGGUUUUAUGAUCUGGGCUUGCAAGUUUUGACAAAUAUUUUCUUUUGAGAUCAAUAGCAUGUGAAUCCAUGCAUCAAUUUUCGAUUUUAUUGGGUUUUAAUAUCAAUCGUGUAAUGAUCUGCCGGGGACCAGAGUUGACCUUGUUUCUAACAUAAUAAAGUAAGGGUUUUGGAAACUUAUCUGAUAUUCAUCCAUCGGGUGUGUUUCGAUCUCGUGAUCGAUCUAAUUUCGUGUUUUGUUAUGACUCUGACAUUAAAAAUAGAGAGGAAACUCAUAAAAUGUUAUGCUUGAUUUCUCGGAUACAAGUUGAAUGUUAUUGUUAAGUUUGAUGGAAUAUGUUUUAAACGCGGUUUUGAAGUGCAUAAUAAUUUUUUUUUCCAAUUUUGGAUGUUUGGUGUGACCUCUUAUAUUUGGCCACGAGAUUGAGGGACGUUAAGAAAUACAUACAAGAUCUUGUUGGUCAUGCAGAGGACUGUUGUGAGUUCUCUGGAUUUAUUCCUAGUUUCAUUAACAUAUUAGAAGUGAUGUAGGAAGUUUGUUCUUCACUGAAUUAGGGUUUUCUGCAUUUUCAUGGACGAAUAUACUAGAAUGACGGUGAAAAACAGCCAGAGGCUUGCAUUACAAUAAUGCCCUACCGUAGUAGCAAAUUUGAUCUUCACGUUUUAAUAAUUUGAAUUUCUGAAUUUUGCGUGUGACCAAGCAUGUGAGGAAAAUGCAGUGAUACGUCACUUCCUUCUGUUGAAGUGUUCAAGUAUAACAUUCAAUUAUGGAUUUGUAAAGCAAUCAAGUAAAAUCUUGAGCUAAUUUCGUGGUUUUUUCUAUUUCUAUAGGACACCAUAGUACUAUAGUUCCCUUUUUUUGUAUUUCGCAAUGGAUAUAUUCUGUAUUUUUUCACAUUGAAGGAAGCCUAUUCCACAGUGUUACGUUCCAUAUAACCUACUUUCUCUGUUCCAGUUAUUUUUGCCUCUCCACAGAGGAUCAUUCAUAUCCCAAGAAAACUUGAUUAGGAUUUAACAACCAUAUCUCUGAAAGAAUUAGAACAUUGAGUGUUAACUAAUUUUUUACCUCUGUUUUUUAUUGGUUUGACAAUAAUGAUUGGUUUUCAUUGAAAAGUCUAUUCUACCAUUGAAGUAGGCUGUUUUACCACUUAUAUAUGUUAUAUAGCACCUUUUAUUUGAGAUUCAGAAAUUCUGUUAACCAUGUGAAGCAAUCCAAUAUCUUCCAUUGUGUUGCUCUUAUUAUGAUUUUACUAGUUUGCAACUCCUUAUAUCUUAAAUUAAUGUCUAUUUGUUUCUUUUUUCUCUUUAAUGACAUUCCAGAAAGGAGGCAGGCUGAAUCAGCCCGUAUUAGGGAGAAGUAUCCUGAUAGAAUACCUGUUAUUGUGGAGAGAGCUGAAAGAAGUGACAUACCUGACAUUGACAAAAAGAAAUACCUGGUUCCAUCUGAUCUGACUGUUGGCCAGUUUGUUUAUGUGGUUCGGAAGAGAAUAAAGCUCAGUGCUGAGAAGGCUAUAUUCAUCUUUGUCAAGAAUGUUUUGCCGCCCACGGCUGCCAUGAUGUCAGCAAUUUAUGAGGAAAACAAAGAUGAUGAUGGAUUUCUGUAUAUGACCUAUAGUGGUGAGAACACCUUUGGGGCAUCAGUGAAGGGGUACUCAAGCUGAAAUCUUGCGAGCUUAAAGUUUGAGAUGCCAGUGAAGAUGUGUAAAUUCUUGGCUUCCUGUACUUAUCAUGGAUAAACCAUGUUUAAACUCUUGGAUACUGCUCCUUACAGCCUGAAUGUAAGAGUGCUAUUUAACUUAUAUAUGUGUGAUCUCUAUGAAUCUAGACGAGCAAAAUCAAAUUAUGUGGA